CCGGGAGCAGGAAAAUAAACAAAACAACCAAAACAGAUCUGUGGGGCGCGAGUGGGUGGCUUAAGGAUCCUUCCUUCCUGGGUGACAGUAGCACGUCCACCUCGUACGCCGUUAUCGUGUCAGAGGCAGACGCUCGCCAUGUCGAAUAUGGACAAACACUUGUUCAAUCUCAAGUUCGCUGCCAAGGAGCUGCAGCGCAACUCCAAGAGAUGUGACAAAGAGGAAAAGGCAGAGAAAGCCAAAGUGAAAAAGGCUAUUCAGAAGGGUAACGCGGAGGUAGCGAGGAUUCACGCAGAGAAUGCCAUCCGUCAAAAGAAUCAAUCCAUUAACUUCUUGAGGAUGAGUGCCCGUGUGGAUGCUGUGGCUGCCAGGGUCCAGACUGCUGUCACUAUGAACCAGGUCACCAAAUCCAUGGCUGGAGUGGUCAAGUCUAUGGAUGCUACGCUGAAAAAUAUGAACUUGGAGAAGAUUUCUGCAUUAAUGGACAAGUUUGAGCACCAAUUUGAAACACUGGAUGUGCAGACAGCGCAGAUGGAGGACACUAUGGGAAACACCACCACUCUGACCACACCACAGAAUGAGGUGGACACGCUGAUGCACGAGAUGGCAGAUGAGGCUGGGUUGGAUCUUAACAUGGAGCUACCUCAAAGCCAGACUGGCUCACUGGCUACCACUGUGGCAUCAUCAGAGCAGGAUGAACUUUCUCAGAGACUGGCUAGACUGCGGGACCAAGUGUAGAGGUGGAAAUGAUGUAGAGAAGGAAGAGGAGGGGGAGGAAGAGUUCGAGGAAGACGCGGAGAGUUAAGAGAGUUAACGAAAAAGAGGAGAAUUAACAAUACAGGUGCCAUGUGCAUGCAAGGUAAAACUCGGUAUCCACCUCCCCAUGUUUUGGCUUGGCACUUAUGAGAAGAGGUGCUCUCUUGAACUACAGGUUAUGACUGUUUCAUGGACAGAAACUACGAAUAAUGUCACCGCAUCCCAAAGCUAGGGAUAACCUCACCCAAGUUUACAGUCCUCAGUCCCCUUAUUGUCGUGUUGGUUUGCAUUCUUAAAGGCAAUUUCGCUGCUUAUAAUAUGCACCUCCAGCAAGUGCUGGCGGUCUAUCUAGUCUUUUGAGAAUAUUACUACUUCGGUACAGUUAAAUUUGACAAAGAAAUUGCCCAGAGAAUAGCUCUGCCUAGUGAGCUAUUAUUCUGCAUUGCCUAUAUAUAUACCAGUAUGCAUUGCGCAAGAGUUUUUCACUGCCCUUCUUUCUGCACUGGCGUCUGCAACAGAAUCCAACAAAAACUGUCUACAGUGAAACUCAUUGCAGCACAGUGACUCUAAUUCUGUUGGCAGUGCUGGACAGUUUGAACACAAAACACCAGUCAGUUCUGGGUCUUUGUUGUCCAGGCUAGCUGUGGGUAACCUCUGCCUCUGUCAGAUUUCUUGUGUGCUGUAUCCUGGCUGAAUACAAGUAAGGUUGAAUGUUGGACUCAGCCAAAACAUUAUAAAACACUAAAUCGUCCAUUAUUUCCUCCCUCCGUGUUGACAGAUUGAGAGGUAAUUCUUGCGUUCUGAUAUGCUUCAGGUAUGAUAGCUGUGUAACAUUGAUAUGGUAUAUAUGAAAACAGUCUGCACUCAUUAAUUCUACCUUAAACAGUCUUUAAUUUGCAUAGCAACAGCCACAAGGCAUACGUGUCAGCAUCCACAGCAUUUCCACAUCAUAAUGGGCGUGACCCAUAGCAAUAGACAACCAGGUUCCCCGAUUAUCUCACAACUGAUGAUACAGUCAAGUUACACAUGUACAAAGUCCCCCAAAUACAAAAUGAUUAAAAUCAAUUGCACAUAUAGCCAUUAUCAUCAGACCAUUGGAAAUAAAGAAAAACCAGAACAGGACUGACUGGUUAAUCAACCCUCGAAAUACUAAAUUUAUCAUGUCUGAAAAGGCUUCUCAUUUAAAAUGUUUACAACCAGAUUGGAUAAACACAUACCAGUUAUGUUUACAGAUAUAAAGUACAAAAUUAUUUAUAGAAAUUUAUAUAUGAAAAUAUUUUAAAAGAACCAAGAUGAUAUUGGCUCUUCAUUCAAACUUUUUGGAUACUCGGUUUAUAGAUAGUAUAUCCAAUAAACAGGCGGCACAGUGGUACAGUGGUUAGUGCGGUCACCUCACAGCAAGAAGGUCCUGGGUUCGAGCCCUGGGGUAGUCUCACGCUGGGGGUCGUCCUGUGCGUGAAGUUUGCAUGUUCUCCCCAUGUCUGCGUGGGUUUCCUCCCACAGUCCAAAGACAUGUAGGUCAGGUGAAUUGGCCGUACUAAAUUGUCCCUAGGUGUGAAUAUGUGCCGGCCCUGUGAUGGCCUGGCGGCCUGUCCAGGGUGUCUCCCCGCUAGCCGCCCAGUGACUGCUGGGCUAGGCUCCAGCAUCCCUGUGACCCUGAGUAAGGAUAAACGAUUUGGAUAAUGAAUGAAUAUCCAAUAAACUUCUGUUUGGAGAAGCUGGCUAUGGGAUGCUAUGAUCUCUGUUACUGAUGUUACUCUUGUGUUUAGAAGUCACUAUAUAUAUAUAUAUAUAUAUAUAUUAAAAUGGAAGACAGGGAAGUUGCCCCCUGCACUCCCUGGGAAUGGAGAUUAGAAAACGAACAUCUCAGCCAAACUGCCUUGUAGUUCUUCUGCUCUACAUUGAUGUCAUCCACUGAUGUCAGUGGAUGGUGGGAAUGAGCCGGUUCGGUACAGCGAUGCAGACAACAUUGACAACUAUUAUGUAAGUAAUGGAGAUUCCACCCCUACAAAUAACAUGGAAAUGAGGUUGAAAAUCGGUGAAAGUUCCCUUGUAACUUUCAUUACUAGCAUUGUAUUUGAAAUUCAGAGGCCAAGCCAGCAAAAGGACGAAACCAAACUGGUCACUUUCUUCUCAUCAUGACCGGAGUUAUCCCACAGACGGUCACAGAAUAUAAUGGAAUCACAGCGUAUCUGAAAUCUGUAUGGCAUCUGGUAAAAAUAUGUGGAAAAAAAAUCAUUGUAAAAUGUGAAAUAUGGCAAACAUAUUUCAACAUAUAUUAAUAAUUGUGCAUUUUCUUAUUAACAACAAUGAUGGGGAAACGAAUAUUGUGAUCAAUACACUAUGAACAACUGUAUAAGUUAUUUAGAUAAGCAUUCUCAUGUUCUGUUGCUGAGAACCAACGUUUCUGAUGUGUCUCACCUGCAUGCCUGACCGUGUGGGUCAUUUGUAGUACCAUUGUUGGCUCGGGAUGAUUUUGGUGUUGUCGCCAUGUCUGUCCCUGUUUUGGUUCUUGAGCAUGCUACUGCACUGAAACUUAUCAUGUUAGCUUAUUUAUUACAGAUAAAGGGCUCAUUAUAAAUGUUCGCCCUUUUGUAUAUUUUUUGGAAAGAACAGGGAUAAAAGAGGAGUUCGCUUCUCUUCUUUAUCAUUUUUUUUUCUAAGUGGAUGGGAUUUUGUUGCUGUAGUGGUCCUUUGCUGCUGAAGGAAUUUCUACUAAACACUAUUAUAUUUAUUUAUCCCAAACACUAUCAUCAAGAAACUAACUUCUAUUUAGGCUACACUCAGGAGGAAGACUGUUUGCUUACAUGUGAAGACUGUAAGUCAUUAAAAGAGGUCUUAACAUGU